AUGGCAAGACGUCUUCGCAUCCAGCUUCUUCAUGGCAGGAAAGUGUACCAUCCUGGACAGGCGCUAGUGGGUACAGUCAUCAUCCAACUGAGAGAUUCUAUUAUUGCACACGCAGUGCACCUCACAGUACACGGCAUGUCCUUGGCAUCAGUUGCUGAUGUUCAUUCCAGCAACUACAAUGAGAAUGUGACACACAUCAAUCACAGAAUAGAUCUGUGGACUGCAUUCGAUGACAUCACUGUACUUCCAAUGGGACACCACAGUUUCCAUUUCUCGUAUUGUCUUCCUUUGCAACUGCCAAGUUCGAUAGAGUUUCACGAAAGUUCAUCAUUCAUCACAAGCAAAGUUGGUACCAUUCGAUAUUGGUUGACAGCCACAGUCAAUCGACCUCGCCACUUCAACCUCCAAACAAAACUGCCCUUCACAGUGAUUGAGUACAUUGAUGUCAACGAUGCCAGUCUGUUACACAGCAUGAUGAGUGAGAACGAGAAGACGCUGUGCUGCUGCUGUUGUGCAUCCGGUCCCCUGGUGCUCACUGCCAGCGUGGACCGCAUGGGUUACUGUCCGGGAGAGAAAGCAACAAUAUCAACCAUUGCAGAAAACGUAGGCAACAGACGAGUCACAGGUUUGAGAGCUCGACUAAUUGCUGCAACCACUCUUUCAUUGACUUUGAAAGAAACAACCAGCUUGACGACUGUUUCUGUGUUGGAAGAAAGACCUAUCCCACCAAGACAUACCAUCAUGUGGCAGCAAAAGAAACUUACUAUUCCUCCUUUGCCUCCCACAAAUCUUAAGUGCAGGAUGAUAUCAAGAGACUAUUAUAUUCAAGUAGAGCUCAUAGUUGCUAAAGGUAUUAACCUCGAAACGUACUUUCCUAUUGUUGUUGGCUCUGUGCCAUUCAAGCAGACAUCAGAAAUUAAAAAAACAAUCUGUAUUGAUAGCACAGUUCCCAAAGAAAGUCGACAACGUUGGCCUAUUCCUCUUACAUCAUCAGUACCAACGACUGUGCCACAGUUGACUGUCUGGAACAAUCCUCUGGUGGACAUGGCUGGCAAUGAUCAAGGUACAUAUGGUAGCAUGCAGUGGGUCUACUGCACUAACCAACACCUUCGAACAACGCCACACACUCAAGACACAUAA